CGGCGCUGCUGCAAGUAAACAAGAAGACCCAAAUUCCAGCAGGGCUUGUCAUCAGUCAUCGCUUAUUUACCUCUCCCAGAUUCACUCGGCCAGACAAAAUGGAAAAAUCUCAACAAAUGAAGAAUGUACAAGACUGUACAGAUACAAGUGACUGUGUGGAGCUCUCUCGAACAUCAGGCCUGUAUCUCAAGCCAAUAGCACGGCUUAGUAUCACAGUUACACUACCACAGCUCAAGUCUGGCCAGUCAAUCUCCAACUGGGAGGUAAUGGAAAAGCUACGAGUAGCUAUUCUUCCAGAAUUAUUUUCAGUUAUCAAAGUGACUAAGAGCACAUUAGAAUUCUUAAGGUUUGAUGCUGAAAUUGAAAAUAAGAAGAAUCUUCCACAGGUCAUUAGUAAAAUUGAUCAAAAGGGCAUCAAGUUGAGUGGGUUCUCCGACUUGCUAAAGAUUCGAGCUACCGAGGCAAAAGUUCCCUUCCCAUCUCGCUAUGAUUGGGACUGUUUCUUCCGAGAUGCCAAACACAUGAAUGAGAUGAAGCCUGGUGAAAGACCCGACACUGUUCACUUUCAAGACCUUCCGUGCCGUUGGUUUGCUCACUACAAUGACACAAACAUGAACAUGCCAAGUCCCUAUGUAUUAAGCAAAGUAAUGGCAACCUAUGGAGAAGUUCGAGUGGUGGACAUUCCCAUGUGCGAUUCGUACCGCAAGAAGAUGUCGGCUUCUAUCAAUGGCAUCCAUACCUUCAGUUUUGGACAAGAUUUGGUGUUUGAGGCAUAUGUGCAGUUCAAAGAAUAUAUUGGAUUUGCAAAGUGUAUGCAUGCUUUACAGGGGAAAAAACUGGUAUUCAUGGACGGUGACAAGGCUUGGAGUACUAAUAUCAAGGUUGACUUUGAUCGUACUAAGCACCUGUCAGAAUACUCCAUCAAGAAACGCACAGCUGAACGAGAGAAACUGAUUGCAGCAGACCGUGAAAAAGAAGAAAAAGUUCGAAGGAAGAAAGAAAUGGAAGAAAUGAAAGUUGAGGCUGAAAGGAUGAAAUUAGAAGAGGAGCAGAAACUCAGAGAAGAACGUAAGGAAGCAAAGAGAAGGGAGAAAGAAGAAAGAAGAAAAGCAAGGGAAGAGAAAAGACGAAAAAAGAGACUCAUGAAAGCAGAAGAAAAGAUUAAACAAGAGGAGGAGGAAGAGGAGGCUAAGUUUGCUAGGAAGAUUGCUCUGGAGGAACGCAAACUAUUACUGGCUCAACGCAAGUUAGAGAGUAUUCGUCUUUUGGAUGAGCUGUUUGAAAGGAUAAAGAUUGUGAGGCAGAAAGAAAUAUCUCACCAGCGAGAGACUGAACUCUUUCAACACAUUGAUGUGCAUAAUACAAAAAAGUUAAAGGACUGUAAGCUGCAGGAGAAGUUGGCAAGUAAGGAACGGAUGCUGCGGGAUAAGCUAGUCCGCUCCUAUAAAUCUAGGGAGGAAGACCGAAUGGAGCAGCAACGAGAAAAGGUUCGGAAAGCUGUUCAAGGAAAGGUUCGCCUGCAAAGUGUUAUUUCAGCUGCAUCGCUGUCUUCCAUCUCAAGUGCUACAACUGAUACCAACUCAGAUUCCAGCUCUGAUUCAGACUCCUCCUCCUCUACUUCAACUUCAUCAGAAUCAAAUCCACCCAAAAUUAUAGUUGGUCGUAUGCGUAUGGAUCAAGUGAAUGAUGAAAAACAUCAAAAUGACGCCACAAGUUGGUCACAAGUUAGACCUAAUGAGCCCCAGCAAUUCCCACCAUAUUAUGAGGGUUUUGGCGGUAAAGAAUCUCAUAACUUUCCCGAGGAAUGGGGGCACGAUGAUGUAUAUUAUGACCAGGGACGAGGAAGGAGCCGAGGAAGAUGGAGAUUUCCCCGAGGUCCAUGGAGGGGUCGUGGUUUUAGGGAUAGGGGACGAGGUUUUAGAGACCGAGGUCGUGGCUUUAGAGGUUCUUGGCAACACAACAAAUUUGGACAUGAGAGGGAAGUAAAACCAACAACAUGGUACAAAAGAGAGGAUAAUGACAACCUUUCACGGUCUAGAUCCCACUCUAGAUCAAGAUCCAGGUCUAGAAGGUCUAGGUCUAGAAGGUCCAGCUCUCGCUCAUAUUCAAGAUCUAGAAGGUCACGGUCAAAGUCCAGAUCUCGGUCAAGGUCUAAAAGGUCUCGCUCAAGGUCCAGAUCUCGGUCAAGGUCUAAAAGAUCGCGGUCAAAAUCUAGAUCCAGGUCCCGGUCACGCUCAAAGUCUAAACACAGAUCAAGAUCCAAAUCAAAAUCUAAAAGGUCACAUUCUAAGUCCAAAUCAAGAAGUAGAUCAAAAUCCAGAUCACGCUCCAAGUCUGGUUCAAGGACCAGGAGUAGAAACAAGAAACAUAAGCGCACUAGCCGUGAAAAGUCCAGUCGAUCACCUGAUAGACGAAGAGAUAAAUACAGAAAUGAACGGCACAAACAAAGUGGCAACAGAAAGGACAGUGAUAAAAAAGAUGAUGAUAUUAAUUAUGAUGAUCUAAGGGAGAGUGACUUGGAGCUGUCGAGCGAUCCAGAGGACAAUCGUUAUGAAGAUGAAUAUGUUGAAGAGGAAUAUGAAGACAACUAUUACCAAAACUUUCAUCCACGAGGUCAUGACCGUGGGGGCUACCCAAACUUUCGAAGAGGGUUCCGUGGACGUUGGCCUCGAAUCUGGCGAGGGAGAAAUCGAGGCAGUGGAUAUCCCGGCUAUUUUGGUCAUUAUGAAGAGCGUGAUGAUUGGCGACAAAGUCAAAUGGGUGCAAGAGAUCCUUAUCAAGAUAUAUAUGUAAAAUAUUUUGAGAGCGUGGCUGACCGUGAAGCUGCAAAUAAAGAUAGCAAUGUUGAAGAAAGGAGAUUACGAGAAGAAUCCAGGGAUCAAAAAGAAUUUGAGGGGGCUAGGGAAAGAGAAGUCGACCAUAGAGGUACGUCUAAAGAUAAUAACCGUAGUUAUGUACAGGAAGAACUUCAUGGUGGUCUUGAGUCCAGAAGUUGUAAUGACUACAAAGAUCAGAGAAGUAUUGAAAGAAUGAGAGGUAAAAGUGACUGGACAGGAGAGUUUGAUCAUAAACCAAGGGAAAGUAAUGAUAGGAAAUCUCACCCAUAUAUUGAUAGUCACAAAGGAGAUAAUAAAUUACUAGAAAGGACAGACUGUGCACCUGAAAGAAGAGGAGCAGAGAAAUAUGAACAAAAGCAUCUAAUAGCGGAAGAAGUUAAUGUUCGAAAACAUGAUAAUAACAUUGACUUUAAUCAGAGGCAUAUCAGGGAAAAACCAAGACUUGAUAGAGAGCAAAAUGAGGGUGCUCGAAAGGUCCUUCUUCUCCACGAAAGAGAAAAGCACUGUGAGCAAGGAGAGAGAAGCAAAAGAGGACUGAGCUAUGAUAGUAAUUUGCGAAUCCCUAGUGUAGUGAGGGAAGGCAACAAUGAAAAACGAUAUGGCAUUCCAGAUAAGCCAGGUUUUGAAAGGCUGCAUGAGAGAGAUGACAAUAGAAGUGAUGGUAUUGAUAUGAGGUGGAAAAAUCAAAUUCUAAGGGCUGACAUAGAAAGAGAAAAAAGGGAUAUAUCUGUGAAGGACAGGCUAAGCUUUGGUAAUGUCAAGCAUCACAGGGAUAUUAAUCUUAUUGAAAAUAGAACAAAGUGUGCUUUUCCUGCUAAGGCAAUAAGAGGGAGACAAAAUAUGGAUCUUAUUGAACCUAGAGGAAGACGUAUCAUUAAUCACAAUGAAACCAGAGGGAGAGUUGAUGUAGACAUUAACAAACCAAGGGAAAGAAGAGACAUUCAGUCCAAAGAACUCAGAGUUAGACAUGACAUCCAUGGUGAAAGGAGAGUAAGAAGUGACAUGAAACAUAUUGAAACUAGAGAGAGGUCUCAAGCUGAACUCACUGUAGAUAGAGACAGACAUGAUGAAUGCAGUGAACUUAGAAAGAGGCGUGAUCGUAACGAAGCUGACAGACAUGAUGAACAUAGUGAACUCAGAAUGAGGCAUGAACAUAGUGAAGUUGACAGAAAUAAUGAACGUAGUGAACUCAGAAAGCGGCGUGAGCAUAGUGAAACUGACAGGCAUGAUGAACGUAGUGAACUUAGAAAGCGGCAUGAGCACAGUGAAGUUGACAGACAUGAUGAACGUAGUGAACUCAGAAAGCGUCGUGAACACAUUGAAGUCGACAGACAUGAUGAACGUAGUGAACUCAGAAAGCGGCGUGAGCAUAGUGAAGUCGACAGACAUGAUGAACGUAGCGAUCUCAGAAAGCGGCGUGAGCAUAGUGAAGUUGACAGGCACGAUGAACGUAGCGAUCUCAGAAAGCGGCGUGAGCAUAGUGAAGUUGACAGGCAUGAUGAACGUAGCGAUCUCAGAAAACAGCGUGGGCAUAGUGAAGUUACUGAAAGUUAUAAGUCUGAAAGUGAAACAGAUGAUGAUGAUGAUGAUGAGUGUGAAUCUCCUAGAAAAAGACAUGGUGAUAGUAGUAGGAAGAGAAGAAAACGAAGAAAGAAAAAGAGAGAUGAAAGAAGUGAUGACGGUAGAAAACAUAAGCAUAAAAAGAAGAAAAAGAAAAGGGAAUCAGAGAGAGAUUGAAAUUAUUUUUAGGAACUCUUUCAGGUUUACAGAAACAAAAGCAAACAAAAAGUAUUUUGGCAACUAAAAAUUUAACAAAAAGAGACUUGAAAAGGAAAUAAAAUAAUAAACUGCAAAAGUUUUUGUUUAGUUAUAAUUUAUUUUCUUUCAGGGAAGUGCAACCAAUAUAUUGCCAUGCUUGAGAAAAGUCAUUAUAUUAUACACAUGAAAAAUGAACCGAAUUUACAGACACUAUUUUUAACAAUAUAUUGUUUACAUACCAUGCAAUCUUAUGUUUAUAUGUUUAUUGUCAUUUAUCCUAUGAUUAAUUUUAAUGGUAUUUCAUUAAGAAAUUUUAAUACAUCCACUGGCUGUAUUUUUUUUCAGGUUUCUCUUUCAGCCUAUUAUAUUUCUUACACAGGAAUACUUUAAUAGACAGCUUACCAAAUGUUGCUGGAACAGUGGUUUGUGUGAUUUAGAAAACUAUAGAUGACAAUGUUUAGCAAGUGACUAUCAGCGGAGUGAUUUUAAACCCCUUUCUUCUGAUUUUGGAAGAGUUUGAAUCAUUGAAAGUAAUUUAUCUUUGAAAAAUGCACUGUGACAAAAUGUAAAUAGUGAUUUAACUCAAUGAACUAAGUGAUGGUGCAAAGAAAUUGUAAAAGAUCAGGAACAGUUUAGUUUCUGGCAGAAUGUUAGUGAAUCAAGUGACCUGAUUGGUGGUGGUGGUGGUGGGAAGGAACUUUGUACAAUAAUUAUGUGUAUAGAUAACACAUUUUUAAAUAUGUAGCCGAUGGAACCUGUGAAGUGAUACAUUGAAAAGUUUGUAAUAUAAAAUACUUGGAGAUUUACUCUUAUUGGAAUAGAAUGUCGUCAAGUGUUGUAUUGAUACGUGACCAUUGUCGUCUGUCUUUUUAGUUCAGAAUGACAAAUGCAGAAUUAAUCAUGAUCAUAAUUCAGAUAUACAGUAACUUCCAUAGUGGUGAACUUUAUUUUGGCACAUGUGCAAUAAUGUGUAAAUAAGGGAGUCUAUACAUGCAAUAAGGGGUCUUGCAGUCUUCGGUUGUACAGUACAAAAGUGAGUACAGUAGUCCCACUGUAGACUUCAGAAUACAAGAAACAUUGAACGGUAUAUAUCAGCAAACUUUGUUGAUAGAUUUUAAAAAAUUUAUUUGUACAUUUAGUGACCCGGUAAUUACAUUGCUGUGAAACAGUGAACAUGUAUUUUUAAAAUUUUUAGAAAUGUGUUAAUGCUGUAACAUUCAUAUUUACUUAAUAUACUCCUUUACAUUACAUUAGCAAAGGGAGUGGAACAGCAUGUAUGAACCCAACAUACUGUUCAAGAGAGGUAAUAAUGAAUGCUAUUGGAACAUGCAAGUGUUUAUCCAUCCACAUUAUAAAAUGUCCUGGGGAUUUACAUUUAUUUUAUAUAUAACUGUUUAAAUUGAUACAUAUAUGUGUGCAAAGAUUCCUCAGUGCCUCCCUUGUAGACUUAAGCUACUGCCCAUGAGGCCACAUUAUUCUCUUCCUUCAACAGGCUGAUGACACGUCUCGCGUGGUAAGGUGAUGCUGUUCACCACGCAAGGUGAUCUCUUGAGCAGCAGGAUCAGGCUCCUCGGAGGAUAGUGAGGUGUUUUUAUAUACAACAUAGUAAAUAUAUUUAUUUUAUAUUAUGAAAAAACAUUUAUAUAGGUACUGUACAUAAUAAGUAAAUUAGAUAGAUUCCAAGUAACCAAAAUUGGAAUACAGGUAUUCAGCAGUUGCUUAGCUAGUAGUAGUUUAAAAAUGUUCAACCUUGUAGUACAACUGUUUGAUGUUAAAAAUAGACCUUAAUUUGACUGUGGGCAGUGUAAAAAUUGGUAGAUAUUCUACA